AACAUUUUGAAUGCCAUGUGCCCAAUGUACUUGUUAAAAGAUGCUGUGAGGUUUUGCCUACAGAGUUUGCAUCUUUGCACAUAGCUGGAGAUAAAAUGAAAUUAGAGAAUCGAUCUCGGAUGGAGGUUAAGCCUAGUGGAGUGAAGGAAUGUCAGUGUAAACGUCGAGAAAAGAUCGACGUACAUGCAGGCCGUCAAAAUUGGAUCACAAUCUCGUAGAAGAAGACGCAUCAAAAGGGCACCAUCUUCUGAAAGUGAACCUCAUGAAAAUUUUAGCAGUUCUAUACCAUUUCAGGGUCUUGAUGAAUCUCCAGUAAAUUCUAGGUUGCCAGAAAAUGAUUUGCCUUAUCUUUCUUCAUCUGCUAGGGUAAGGAGGAGACAAAGAAGGGACAAGGAAAUUGAUAUUAAAGUUCUCAGUGAUCUGCCAGCUGAACCUAAUCUAGUAGAGCUUAAUUCUAAUAAUGACAAGACCAAAGUAUGCGAUUCCAGCAGCAGUGAAGGAGAAUGCAACAGUGAAAAUUCUCCCAGGACACAAGAUGCAGAAGCAGCAAGCACAGAAAAUGCUUCUCCUAUCAAAUCAGACGACAUUGAUGACUUUGUCAGCAUGCUUGAUACGACACUUAAGGAUUCAUUCAACUUUGAGAGUGAUACAACAAAAAAUAUGAGAAAUAAGGUUACUGUUACUAGUGAUUGUGGCCUGGACCUUUCUUGCAGGCUGUCAAUGUUAGAAGAAACGUUGAUGAAAAGUGUUGAUGAGGAGCAAGCUGCGUUGAUCUUGUCCGUGGUCAAGUCUGGCUCCUGGGAUGAUUGGGAUGAACAGCACAACCAGGCGCGUAAUAUACUUGGUGACCAAAAGUUUGCUGCUGUGUCAUCAACGCUUUGUCAUCUCAAGCUGUGUUACUGUUUUAUGCAGGAAUGAUAAAAUUGUGCUAAUUGUGAGUUAUUAUAUUAUUGUCGUCCAGUUUCUGCCACAUAAGUGGAAGUAUCAUUAUUUAUUGCAGAA